AUGGCGUUCUCGGUGCUGCCGGAGGUGGGGUCCUUUGCCAUCCCGUUCGGCUUGAUCGCGGUCCUCAACAAGCGCGCGGAGCAGGAGGGGAAGCAGGUGAGCACGGCCUUGCAGAUGGCCCUCCUGAAUUGUUGCAUCACUGUGGGCCAACAGGUGUGCACCAUGACGCUUGCUGCCAUCGAAGGCCAGAUGUCGCUCGCGCAGGCGCUGCCCGUGACGUUCAUGGUGGCGGCGGCCGCGCAAGCGGUGGGUGGCGUGAGCGCCCUCUUCCUCGACGACAGCGUCGCGGAGGCCGAGAUGGGUGACGAGGAGCAGAUGCGCAGCGGCGCUCAGGAGUAA